UUAAUUACCUUUUGUUGCAAAUUUAUUAUGUGUUUGUUUUUCACAAUUAGAGCGCUAUCAGAAUUAUGGCGCGUACAACCGACUUUUCGGAUAUUAAUUUUAACUGUUUGCUGUUGAUAUUCAAGCUGCUGUCAAACCUAGAGGAUCAGGUCCAUUUUGCACAGUGCUGUCGAAGAUUUCGUGACGCAUUUGUUUAUUUGCAUCGCCGGCGCUUCGAAGAGAUUGUUGACAGUGAUAUUAAACUAAAGAAUUUAGAUGAUUGGCGUGCCUUUCUGUGGAUGUGCGGUGGCAAUGUGAAAAGAUUGCAGUGCCAACACGAUGACGACCAUCCGUUGCAGGUUCUGCCAUUGGUGGCCAGAUAUUGUGUGCGCCUUGAGAGCCUCACACUCCGAAAUGCGACAGUUGCCAAGUCGCAGCCCUUUUUGCUGCAGCUGAGCACCUUGAGGAAGGUGUAUGUGCGCAAUUACAAAAGCACCAGUAAGGAUCUUAUCAAAUCCAUGCGGUUUCGCUUGCCUUAUAUACAAAACCUUGGUCUGGAGUGCUUUGAUCGUCGGGAACUGCAAGAACUUCGCUAUUUUGUCAAUCUCGAGGAGUUGCAAUUGUACGAUGAGGUGACGCCCUCAGACUUUAUUACCAUCACGAGAUCGCUAAGGAGUCUGCGUACACUACAGCUGCGCAAUGCGAAGAGAUUUCUGACGACACAAACGCUAAAACAACUGGCCACCCAUUGCCAGCAGCUGGAGAAGUUUGCCUUUCAGGAUUGUGAUGCUGAACUCACUGCCCUUACACUAUUUCCGUAUCUAAAAUAUCUGCAACUUUAUUGCCCGGAUAAUCAAAAGACGCGCUUGUUCAAAACGCUAGCCAACAAAUGUGCACCACAUUUGGAAUAUCUGAUAUUGCAUCGCAAGCAAUGGAUCGACGAGGAUCAGGCUCAACACAUUGGCACCAUCAAGUCCCUGAAAUGGCUUGUUUGUAAGCCGCGUAACGAUCGCUGUAUCAAUCUGCUGGGGAAUCUAACUCAACUGGAGUGUUUGUCAGUGCAAUGUGCUCGCGAUAUUGGUGAAACUGAGCUAUUGAAUCUAAUUCGAAACAAUGAUCAGUUGCGUUAUCUAAACAUUUGCUACUGCCUGGGCAUAACAGAUGCAUUCAUCGUGGAUAUGCUCGACAUUCUGGUAAAACGCCACACAAAUCAGCCACUGGAGCUAUAUGCGGCUGCUACAGAUAUUAGGCACGACAUAAUGGAAAAACUGCCAGCUGAUUAUGCGUCCAAAUUGCUUAUACUGUACUUCGAGUGCAGUCAAGGCAUGCGUUCUAGUGAGCAUUAUUAUAGCGAUGAGCCGGAAUUCGAUCGGUAGGCAAUGGAAUCCAAUGCGAUUAUACACAUCAUUCUGCAAUACACAAUAAUUAAUAAUUAUACCAAAGUAUAUACUCACAUUUUUGAUAUGUAAUGUGUGCAUUGUGCACAAUAAUUUCAAUUAUCUUGUUAUUUCACACUUUAAGUGAUCAAUUUUUAAUCCAAUCCAUUUUUGAGGCUUAUUUCUCAAAUAAAUUACAAGUAUUUUAUAUUCCAAAUUAAAAA